GGGGCAGAGCCGCUGCUCUGUGGUCAGUGACAUCAUGGGACAGAAGCUCUUCCUCAUUCAGAGCAUUCAGAAUGAUUCACUCACACUCGGGCUGCUUUUCAACACAGUUGAUCUGAUCAAGUGUCACACAGGUUUUGAUCUCUUACUUUACUUUUCUGGUUUUAUGUUAAUAAAAAACAAAUCCUGUCAGGAAAGUGCCAAGCAGAGGAGGUGACAGCUAAAAUGAGCCCUUUGCUGUUUAAAGACUCCUUCUGGGGGUCUGACUUCACCUGUCAUGCCGGGUACGACACUGUGCUCCAGAGGUUACAGGACGGCAAGCACAUGUGCAAGGAUGUGGAGGAGCUUUUAAAGAUGAGGGCUCUAGCAGAGGAGAAGUAUGGAAAAGAUUUAGUGACUAUUGCUCGCAAAGCUGGCGGACACACAGAGAUCAGCACUUUGAAAGCAUCCUUUGAACAACUCAAAGCUCAAAUUGAGAACAUUGGCAACUUUCACAUCCAUUUAUCUGAUCUAUUGAAAGAGGAGGUGAAAAAGAUUGAGACAUUCAGAGAGCGGCAGAAGGAGCAGAGGAAGAAGUUUGAAAGCAUCAUGGAGAAGGUUCAAAAGAAAAAAGUUUCCUGUUUCAAGAAAACCAUGGAGUCGAAGAAGAACUACGAGGUGAGAUGCAAGGAGGCUGACGAGGUGGAACUGGGGGCUGAGAAAACAAACGUCCCCCCAAAGAACCAUGAAAAGAUUCGUCUCAGGAUCAAACAGUGCAGACAAGCAGUCAGUGAAGCAGAAAAGUGGUACUUAAGCAACAUUGAUCAACUAGAAACUGUUCGGCAAGACUGGGAGGAGACCCACAGAAGCACGUGUGAGGUGCUCCAGCAGAUGGAGGGAGAUCGUAUCAGCAUGCUUCGAUGUGCUCUCUGGGACCACUGCAAUCACUUCUCCAUUCAGUGUGUCAAAGAUGAUGAGCUCUACGAGGAGGUCAGGAAGGUGCUGGAGACAUGUGACAUCACCACAGACAACAACUACUUUAUACAAACUAAAGGCACAGGAUCAAAACCACCAGAUCCUGUUGUGUUUGAAAGCUACUACCAUCCUGAGAGGGUGAGGAACGCCAACGGUCAGGCUCACUUUGCACCGCAGGAAGAUGAAUCGAGAUGGGACAGCUCCAUGAAUGUAAGUUCUGGGAACAUCAGCAGUGAAAGUCCUGAAAUCUCACAGUCAGCUCUGAUCUCUGCUGGAACCGGUGAGACGUCAGAUGGCGGGUACGCAGCCCUGCCAGACCUCCAACAAGACGUUUUAGCCACAGCUUCAGCUGAAGAACAGUUCUUCGUUGUUCAUUAUGAAUACAAUGCACAGGAACAAGAUGAGAUGACCAUCAGGAGAGGAGACAUAGUUAAACUGCUGGUAAAAGGUGAAGACGGGUGGUGGACGGUGGAGAGGAACGGGUACAGUGGACUGGUGCCAGGAAACUAUCUGGGCAAAAUUUGAGUAAAUAAAGACGGACGUCUUCAUCUGCCUCCAUUUUGCAAACAUGAAGCUAAUUUAUCAGGGCUACCAUAUUAAGUUUUUGAAGGAAGUGUUUGUGCACAAAGGAUAUUGAACUGAAAAUUUAACAUCCGCACACCCUCGUGAUGUUAGAAAAGAAUUAUAUUUGAACAUACGGCCCAAAGGUUAGCACUAUGAAUAGUUUGGGGGAUCUUUGUGUCUUCAGUGCCCUGAGACAACUUGGCGCUGUAAAUAAAAUGAAUUAAACUUAAUCAUUGGAGGGUAACUCCAUAAAUAAUCUGAGGUGUAUUUUUAUUUUUGCUAAGCAUACUCAUAAAGUUUUGAGUCACGUUACCCAGAUUUUUUAUAUUUUGUAGUGGUCACCUAUGGGGUGGAAUAAACGUUCCACCUGUCUUUGUAAGUAAAUUUUAUAAGUGUACAGGUAAUACACAGCAGAUAUAAGAUUAUUGAUAUAACAAAACACUGGAAUGUAACAAGGAAGUAGGAUUGUAAAGUAACUAAAUACAAAUCGUUACUGCGCUUAAAUUUUGGUUAUCUGUACUUGAGUAAAUUUUUCAGCCUCUUUUUAUUAGUUCUUUCAUUUUCACACAAUUUUCUGUACUUUCUACUACUUCCAAUUUGUUAAAUGUAAGACUAGGUUAGAGGAGACUUUUACUUAUACUUUUACCAAAGUAAUUUUAUGGUGAUAUAUAUGUACUUUUACACAAGUAUCACUAUGAGUUACUUUAUACAAAGACUACGAGGAAGUUGAAGCUGGAACUGCACAAGGGCCCCCACAGGCUCACUUCAGAAGGAGUUUUCCUCAACAUAAACAAUUUGGGCAUUUAUCUAAUUAAAAAUAAAAAAUGCACAUCA